UUCAAAGUCCUUCACACACACACUUACACUUACGCUAGAUAACACCUGAGCAGAAGCAAGCAGCCACCUCCUUUAGACUGGGACACUGAGGAGACUGCAGCUGAUAAAAAUGGCUGGGCCAAGACCACGUAUUAUUUCUCUGACCAAGCGAGAGGGACAGGGCUAUGGCUUCUUCCUCCGAGUGGAGCACGGUGAGGAGGGUCACCUGAUCCGAGCCCUGGAGAUGGGCGGCGCUGCUGAGCUGGCCGGUUUGAAGGAUGGAGACCGCAUUAUCAAAGUCAAUGGAACUUUUGUGGACAAUUUGGAGCACAGUCAGGUUGCAGAUUUGGUGAGAAAGAGUGGGAUGAGCGUAACAUUAUACGUUCUUGGAGAGGAGCCUUAUAAGACAGCCAAAGCCAAGGGUGUGAAUCUUGCCGACCCUCAGUCCCAGUCAGGUCAGAGCCAACCCACCAUGAAUGGAGUGUCUGCACCAGCCCCUAAAGCCAAACUUUGUUACCUGCAAAAAUCCAGCAGUGGAUUGGGUUUCUCCUUAAAGUCCAUCAAAGGUACUCAUGGCAUGUUCAUGACAGAAGUGGUGUCAGGAUCAGUAGCUGAUCAGGCGGGUGUGAAAAUAGGUGAUCGUUUGGUGGAGAUAAACAGUGAAAAUGUUGAGAGUCUCACACAUGAUCAGACUGUGCAAAAGGUGAAAGCAGCCGGUGACAGAGUAAUGCUUCUGCUGGUGGAGGAGGAUGCUGAGAAAUACUUCAAGAGCAAAAGCAUUCGACCAGGGGUGGCUCACGCCACGGUCAGGCACCUCUCACAUAAGCCACGCAUUGCAGACAUGAUCAAGAGAUCAGAUGGUUAUGGCUUCAUCCUGAAAGAAGAUCCUGAACGUUCAGGUCAUUACAUUGGAGAAAUAGACAAAGGAAGCCCUGCAGAGAGAGCAGGAUUGAAGAAUGGGGACCGACUUGUGGCUGUGAACGGAGAGGAAAUCAAUAACUGCACACAUGAGCAGGUGGUGAACAAAAUUGGCAAAGAAGGAAACAAGUGCUGCCUCCUGGUGCUGGAUGCUGAAACUGAGAAAAUUUACAAAUUGGGUGGUGCAUCUCCACUUCUGUAUUGGGAGGAAAUGAGAGGAUCCCUGCCCGGCUAUCCUGAGCAUGAACCUGCUCCAGCAGUGCCUGCGCCUGUCCCAGCUGUACCUGUCCCAUCAGAUGUGGACCACAAACCCAAACUGUGCCGACUUGAGAAGACUGCCGCUGGAUUUGGUUUCCAUCUCAAUGGCAUCCAGGGAGUUAAUGGACAGUACAUCAAAGAGGUGGUGAAAGGUGGAGCAGCAGACAGAGCGGGACUGGAGGAUGAAGACAUGGUUGUAGAGGUGAACGGGGUGAACGUGGAAAUGAGCACACAUGAGGAAGUCGUUAACCUCAUCCGCAAGAGCGGGGACACGCUGGUCCUCUUAGUGGCUGAGAGGACAGCCUAUGACUACCUGAAAGCACAAGGGAUCGCCAUCACCCCUCAACUGCUGAAUAAUGAGCCCUCCACUGAUGUCCCAGCACCAGCUUAUACACAAGAGGACAAGAGGAAAGAUACAGAAAGUGAGAGUGAAAGACCAGCCACUCCACCAGCUCAAACCCGUUCAAGGGCUUCCUCCUCAUCAUCAUCAUCAUCAUCAUCAUCUUCAGCAUCAGAUACGAGUGAGGACGAAAGGCUCUGAGCGCACUACACUUUCCUGUACCAACAGAUACUUUUAAUAUCACUUUAUUUUAGUGCCCUUGUUAGACAUGUUACAUGAACUUACUAUAUAGUACAACAGUAAAUUGUGCAUAAUUAAAUGCAACCAGCCCAAAACCAAACCAUAUAGUAAAUAUGUGUUUAUUAUAUUACUCAGUACUUAAAUAUAUAAUUGCUUUGUAACAAGGACACCUUAAAAUAAAGGUGCCCUUUCAAUGUGAUUUAGUGACAUAUCGAUGCACUUACCUCAUAAACUGCAGAAUCUAUUAAGAGAUGAAAUGCCCAUUUGAACAAAAGACUGCAAGAACAUUGAUAACUUUAAUAAGGAUAUCAAAUACAACAGCUUAUUUCUGUACUGCUUUCAUUGGGCUCUACAAUGACAAUCUAUUUAAACUUGCUUUAAUAUACUUUUGAUUUAUGAGAUAUACAAUUAUAAGCAGUUACAGACUCUCAGACAAUGCAUACCUCUUGAUAUGUAAUUUAUUCUACUAGAUGUUUUGUUUUUGUUUUCCCUGGUGGAUGCCUAAUGAAUAAAACCUGGUCUGUAUUUGGUGCAAUAUCAAAUAGAAUUCAGAGUAACCCAUUCUUUUCAUUUUAAAGGUGGAUUUAGCAAGUUCUUAAGCAAGUGUUGGCAUCACUGUUUUUCAACACUGUAAUUGUUACACGAAAAACAAUGUUUUAUGCAAAUUACACUGAGUUUCAGAGAGCAAUCUACACAAUAAUUAAAGCCGGCAUGUAAUUGGA